AUGGUUGUUAUUUGCGAUGGUGAUUACAACCUCGAUAUUAAUCUGUACUGCUUCGAACUGCUCACAUAUCAAGAGUUAAUGGAUUUCAGGGUGGUAGACAUCAUCGCGAAGCUACGACUACAGAAAAGCGGUGUAAUGCGACGCAUGACUUCCAUUGUCCAACCGAUUCUUGAGAAGGGGAUUGUCGACCACACUAUCACACACAAAUUGCUGAUUGUGUACCUGACAAUAGCUGAUAAGGAUAAGUCACAGUCAUCCUCUCAAACAAAAGACUCAGAUAGUAACGAAUCUGGUGAGGAGGCGAAAGAUGAACAAGAAGAGAUAGAUCUUGAAGAAAAUGUCGCAGUUGCAGGUGGUAAAAAAGAUUCCCUUUUGAGAAGGCAGGAGUUGCUAGUCACCAGUGGCCUUGCUGAGGUGUGUGCGAUGUGGUGA